UGCAGUACGUUGCUACGUGAAACCAAACUCUAACAAAGAAAAUGUCUGGACGCGGUAAAGGAGGCAAAGUUAAGGGAAAGGCAAAGUCCCGCUCGAAUCGUGCUGGUCUUCAGUUCCCUGUGGGCCGUAUUCACCGGCUGCUGAGGAAAGGAAACUAUGCCGAGCGUGUUGGAGCCGGAGCACCCGUCUAUCUGGCGGCUGUGAUGGAAUACCUCGCUGCCGAAGUGUUGGAAUUGGCAGGAAACGCUGCCCGUGACAAUAAGAAGACCAGAAUCAUCCCGCGUCAUCUGCAGCUGGCCAUUCGCAACGAUGAGGAGUUGAACAAACUGCUCUCUGGAGUGACUAUUGCUCAAGGCGGCGUUCUGCCAAACAUCCAAGCAGUGCUUCUGCCCAAGAAGACCGAGAAGAAGGCCUAAAUCGAACGCUGAACCCACUUUUGUACAAACCGUCCUUUUCAGGGCGACCACAUCUUUGCGAUAAAGAAGAAAAUGAAAUUGUUUCCGAUGGGACAUAUUGUUACGGAAAUAGAAUCUCAGAGUAGGGAUCAUAUGCACUAAAAUGCAGCUCGUUGAUACUUACUCAUUCUGAAAUGAGUCAAUCAAUUCAAUUGGAAUCAUCGAAAUACGUUGUCAAAAAUACUGUUUACAACGCAUUCUUAGUUAUACACUUAUUCAAAAACCCAUUGACAUGAUACUCAGAAGCAUCAUGUUGAGGACGUUCAAAGAAUCCAUUCUUUUAGGAUGCUUUUUUUCCAGUACAUUUUGUUUCACCAGAUUACUAAAAGAUUAGUUUCCUUAAUCAUAAAGGUCUAUAAUAAAAACUCAUCACACGAAAAAAACUAAUUUUUAGAAUCACUAAUGUUAUGCGAAGCGGUAAUCCAUACGACAUUUGAGCAUGAGACUAUAGCAAGUUUAGUUUAUUUCGAUACAAAAUGGUCUAUAAUCUAAUGGAUUGACGGGAAUAUUUUAGUUACAACGUCGAGUAAUUUAUUCUAGCUUGUU